UCCUGUCAUUCCUCCUCCUAUCUUUGAUCAUUGUCCUGCCCCCUCCCUUGUCCUCUACCCCCCAUCAAACUCCACUCUCUCUUUUUGUGUGUGUGUGUGUGCGUGCGCGCGCGCGUCCCAACUUUUCCCACCACAACUUUAUCUGAGGAGCUCACAAACUCCAAGUGGAUUCUUUUUAUUUGCAGGCAAGGCUGGCUGGCACACUUUGAACUUCUUCCGGCUCUUUUUCUCCCCUCCCUUCCCCGGUGUAAGGUGACCAUGGCCGCCGUCCCGGCUGCUCUCCUCCCGCCGACUGCCCUCGUCCCACCGCCGCCGCCACCUCCACCGCCACCGGUGCCGAUCUCCGCUCCCAGCAGCACAGCGUCCCCGCCGUCGGCCACCUCCUCGCCAUCACCGCUACCACCACCGCAGCUACCGCCACCACUACCGCAGCAGCAGACGCUUUUCCGAUCCGAGCUGCUCGCCACCGGCAGCCCUGGCAUCCCCGCGCCGGGCAAGCCUGUCUACUCCACGCCGUCGCCCGUGGAGAACAUCCCGCAGAACAACGAGUGUAAGAUGGUGGAGCUUCGCGGCGCAAAGGUGGCCUCGUUCACCGUGGACGGCUGCGAGCUUAUCUGCCUGCCGCAGGCGUUCGACCUGUUCCUCAAGCACCUGGUGGGCGGCCUGCACACCGUCUACACUAAGCUCAAGCGACUGGAAAUCACGCCGGUGGUGUGCAACGUGGAGCAGGUUCGCAUCCUCCGAGGGCUCGGCGCCAUCCAGCCGGGUGUCAACCGGUGCAAGCUCAUCUCCAGAAAGGACUUCGAGACGCUCUACAACGACUGCACCAACGCCAGCUCCAGACCUGGACGGCCUCCGAAGAGAACCCAGAGCGUGACAUCGCCGGAGAACCCUCACAUCAUGCCCCACACUGUCCCCGGUCUCAUGUCCCCCGGCAUGAUCCCACCCACAGGCCUGACGGCGGCAGCAGCGGCGGCUGCCAACGCGGCCAUCGCUGAGGCCAUGAAGGUGAAGAAGAUCAAGCUUGAAGCCAUGGGCGGCUACCACGCCAGCACCAACCAUCACGGCGCCGACGGUGAGAACGGAGACCUCAGCUCCAGCGUUGGCCUGGAGCUCCCCUUCAUGAUGAUGCCACACCCCCUAAUACCCGUCAGCCUGCCGCCGGCCUCCGUCACUAUGGCGAUGAGCCAGAUGAACCACCUCAGCACCAUCGCCAACAUGGCCGCCGCUGCCCAGGGCCAGAGUCUGCCCUCGAGGAUGGUCACCUCUGUCAUCAAGGGUUUGCAGGAGCGCAUCCCGGACAGUCCCUCUCCGGCCCCAUCCUUAGAGGACAACAGGAGGCCCGGCAGUCACCCGUCGUCUCACCGCAGCAGCAGCGUAUCCAGCUCCCCAGCCCACACAGAAAGCUCCUCGGACAGGAUACCGCCACAUCACAACGGCCUGUCCAUGAACCAGGCCCUGCUAGGCUUGUCCCCCAACAUCCCACCUGGGCCUAAAGAGGGAGACCUUGCACACGACAUGAGCCAUGAAGUGAAAAGGAUGCAUGCUGAGAAAGAUGAUAACCCAAUGUGCACGCCGACAGCGAGAGAUAGCUACGAGCGGUUGUCGCUGGCCGGACAGACUCUCCCUCCCGGCUUCCCCUCGCCAUUCCUCUUUCCUGACGGGCUUUCGUCAAUAGAGACUCUCCUAACCAACAUACAGGGCCUGCUGAAGGUAGCCAUCGACAACGCGCGGGCUCAGGAGAAGCAGGUCCAGCUGGAGAAGACUGAGCUGAAAAUGGAGCUGUUUCGAGAGCGAGAACUUCGUGAGACUCUGGAGAAGCAGCUGGCCAUGGAGCAGAAGAACAGAGCGAUCAUCCAGAAGCGCCUGAAGAAGGAGAAGAAGGCCAAGAGGAAACUCCAAGAAGCUCUGGAAUACGAAUCCAAGAGGAGAGAGCAGGCGGAGCAGACUCUCAAGCAGCCAUCACCCGCCGAUAGCAUGCGGUCGCUCAACGACUCUCUGACCCCUGAGAUGGAGAGCGAGCGCAGCAGUGGAAGAACAGAUGCUGAAAGGACAAUACAAGAUGGAAGACUCUUCCUGAAAACCGCAGUGAUGUACUGAGUGGGAACAUAUUUAAAAAAAAAACAACCUGAUGGAGACGGGAGAUUUUAAAAGAAAAGAAAAGAAGAUUUUUGAAAAAUAAAAUAAAAGGACAACCCAUGAAGAAUCUCCAGAGUCCAUUUCCAGGGUGAUUUAGUUGCGGAAAAGACAUCACUGCUGCUGCGAAAUGCUGGAGGAGGUUUUGUCGGAAUAUAGAAUAACAAGAAGUCUUUCUCCUUUCAACGGGACUUUAGCUUGGGGUCUUAGAUUUUGAGCACAGCGACGGUUGGUACCAACUCAUCAACCAACCAACCACAGCACUGAAGAUGUUUUGGAUCAUCUGCACCAGAAUUGUUUUGUAUUUCAAAUUGAAUUUUUCAAAAAAAAAAAAAAAAUUAAAAUGUGCUGGUGGAAAGUUUUCUAAAUUAGAUGACGAUACAAUCAAGUUUCCUUUCUGGCAUUCAUUGUACAUAGGAUGCUAACAAUGCUAGGGUUGCUAAGUGUACAUAUAUAAGGUCAUGCAGUAGACGCUAUUAGGCAAACAACACAACCAUUUAUAUUAUAACAGUUUUUUGUUUGUGUUUUGAAUUCUUCUAUCCCUGGGCCAUCAUUCUUUCCUAUAGCAGCCACUUUGGUGAGAAAGCAUGCAGGCAUGAUGUAAAUGUUUGUCCUGGAGUUAUGAUAUUUAAUGAUAAAUCCUAUAUUGUGCUCAACGCUAGGGGUUUACUCCACAAAAGCCCAUUGUCUUUUUGUUUUUUUGCGCCUCAACAACCAAAACACAAUCCAAUUGAAGAUGUUUCCUCUCAUUAGUAUUAUAAUCUUUGUAACAGAGGUGAAAUUUCAUGCUCAUCCCAUUCAUGUACAUCUGUACCAUUUUUUUUUUU